AUGCUCAAAGAUCAUGAAUGGUUGCUAUUAAAUGAAUUAGUAAAUAUACUUAAACCAUUUGAUAAAUUGACAUCUUAUUUUAGUGGAAUUCAGUAUACUACUCUUUCAGUUAUUAAUUCAAGUAUUGAGGUAUUAAAAUUUAAAUUUGCUGAUGGUGAUAUUUUAACAUUAGAAGAAUUAGACAAAAUUAUCAAUAGUAAUGAAAUUAAUAUUGAUAAAGAUGAAAUUUCAUCAGAUGAUGAAUAUAUUGAUGAUAAAAGUUUUGAAAAUGAUAUGAAUAUUCAACAAUUCACUGCACAUAAGCAUCAACUUCGAAGUAUAACUAAUCGCCAAAAAUCAAAUAUUAGAUUAGUUACUACUUUAUUAGAUUUACGAUUGAAAUCAAUGAGUGCAUGGUCUGAUGAAAUUCAGAAUGAAACAAUUA